UUCCCUCUGCUGUACAAAUCUAUGUUAUGUGUCCACAGACCAAAGAUGAGGGCUCUUGCUUUUCUUACUUUUUUAAUAUGUUUCUACAACAUUAUAGAGAGAAGUGACUGCGGACAGAACAGCACAGAACAUGAAAAAGUUCUCUCCAUCAAAGCUGCAACUGAAGAACAGGUGAAUGUACUGAAGAACAUAUCCAGCUGUAACCAGACAGCGCUAUGGCAACCGGCUUCACCCAGGCACAUCACUGCAGAAACAGAGGUCCAUCUCUACAUCUAUUCAGGCGGUGUGAACCAUGUCACUGACCUGCUGGACAAGCAUAAAAUCACCUACAGGGUUUUACUGGAAAACGCACAGGAGCUGAUGAAGCAACAAACCAGAAAUGAAACAGCAGACCCUCGCAGCAGCAGCGCAAACGCUGACCGAUAUUACUCUUUAGAAGAUAUCUAUCACUGGAUAAAUAAAACAAGGCAAGAACAUCCCGAGAUGGUGGAGGUCAUUAUGAUUGGGUCAUCAUUCGAGAAACAUCCACUUUUAGUCAUGAAGUUGUCAGGGAGACGGGCGGCGGUGGAUAAAGCCAUGUGGAUGGACUGUGGAAUUCAUGCCAGAGAAUGGAUCUCUCCUGCUUUUUGUCAAUAUUUCAUCAGAUAUGUUCUUACAAAUUACAACCGGUUCCCUGACAUCACUUCACUACUGGACAAGAUGGACAUUUACGUUUUGCCCGUCUUAAAUCCAGAUGGUUACAAGUAUACAUGGACAACAAACCGCAUGUGGAGGAAGAACCGGUCGGUGAGGGAGGACAGUGUCUGUGUUGGAGCCGACCUGAACAGAAACUUUGAUGCUAGUUGGUGCACGGAGGGGGCCUCCAGUGAUCCCUGUUCUGAGAUAUACUGCGGUCAGUACCCGGAGUCCGAGCCGGAGGUGAACGCUGUGGCCAAAUUUCUUCGCACCCACAAAGACACUGUCAAAUUCUACUUCUCCAUUCAUUCCUACUCUCAGAUGCUCCUCUUCCCUUACUCCUACACCUAUGAGCUGGCCCAAAACCAUGCUGAGCUGCUUGACCUUGUAAAAGAUGCAUCCCAGAAAAUACGUCGUUUUUAUGGGAAACUGUAUCGGUUUGGUGCUGGAGCAAAAACAAUAUAUUUAGCUCCUGGGGGUUCGGAUGACUGGGCCUACAAUCAAGGGAUUAAGUACUCGUUUACCUUUGAGCUCCAAGACCAAGGAAAGUAUGGCUUCCUCCUUCCUCCGAGCUUGAUCUCCAGCGCCUGCAAUGAUGCACUUCUGGCUAUCAAGACCAUAGCAACGCGUGCUCUACAGAAAAUUCAAUGAGUUGUUUCUCUGAGUAGAAAAGGACUCUGUAGAACCCUGUAUGUGAUUUGUGCAUUAAGACCAGUGUGAUUAUAAACUCUGACAGACAGACAUUUCCUAUACACCUAUAGAGCAAAGAAAGCAAUAAAAAAGAUUUUCAUACAAA